AAGGGGAAGGGUGAGAGGAAGGAGAAGGAGAGCGGAGGGCAGGAGGCGGGGUCAUCAGGGCUCCGUAUCUCACAGACCAGAAACAGAAGCUGCACCCAGAGAGCAGGCGGACCUGAGGCCCUCGCUCUUGGGUACCCGAGUAGGUGUGAGAGAGACGGGUGUCCUGCCUCAGCCCCGCUCCUUCACCUGCAGAGCCCGGCAUGUGGGGCUACCUGUCGCUGAUGCCCAUCUUCCUAGCUGUCUGGGCUAUCUCUGGCGUCUGGAUCGUUUUUGCCAUUGCAGUGACCAACAAGACUGUGGACCUCAGCAGAGGCUUUCCCUACAUCAGCAUCUGCGGAUCCUUCCCCCCUCAGAGCUGCAUCUUCAGCCAGGUGCUCAAUAUGGGAGCUGCUCUGGCCGCGUGGAUCUGCAUUAUCCGUUACCACCAGCUCCGGGACUGGGGCGUCGGAAGGUGGCCUAACCAGCUGAUCCUAUGGACGGGUCUUCUCUGUGCCCUGGGCACCUCCGUGGUAGGCAAUUUCCAGGAAAAGAACCAGCGGCCCACGCACUUGGCAGGGGCCUUCCUUGCCUUCAUCUUGGGUAAUGUCUACUUCUGGCUGCAGCUCCUCCUGUGGAGGCUGAAGAGCCUGCCCCAGCCCGGGGCUCCCUGGAUCGGGCCACUCCGUCUGGGCCUCUGUAGCUUCUGCACCAUCCUCAUUGUGGCCAUGAUCGUCCUCCACGUCUGCUCGCUGCGCAGCGUCUCUGCGGCCUGCGAGUGGGCGGUGGCCAUGCUGCUGUUCGCGCUCUUCGGUCUCUUCGCCGUUGACUUCUCCGCCCUGGAGAGCUGCACCCUGUGUGUCCAACCGUGGCCCAGCCUCAGCCCCCCGCCGGCCUCCCCCAUCUCCCUGCCGGCCCAGCUGUAGCAGCCACCCUGACCUGGGCCUCGCCCUCACCAGUGAAGCAGGAAAGAUGGGGCCAAUCUCGGUGCCCCGCACGCAGCAAGAUGAGCCACUGGGGAUCUCUCCAACCGGCUGGGGCUGCCGCUGACUGACCUGGAGCCGGAGGACCCGUGUGCCGGCGCGGAGGGCCUCUGAAGGGCUGGUGGCAGCCAGCAUCCCCGUCCCCGCCUUCGGGCCCUGCCCCUGCAAUUGGGCACCCAGGAAGCGAGAGGCCAAGGCCAGCCAGCUGUCCCUGAUCAAGGCUAUUUAUUAUUAUUAUUAUCUUUUUUUUUUUUUUUUUGCCG